AUGGAUUUAUCGGAUAUCCCAUUCGACACGCCCGUGAUUCUCCGGUCGCUCUUUGCGCGCAAGAGCCUGCAGAAUCCUUUCGGAACGAAGAAGGCGCGGUGCCUCGAGGACAAUUGCGACCUGUACGAGCAAAUGAUCCUGCGCCGUGUCCGCGACGACAAAGUUGCCAUCGAGUCGGCGCGCAACAGCCGGUUCCUUCAAGUUCGUGCCGCUGGGGAGUGCGUCUUCGACCCGAAGGAGCCUGGCGAGUGGGAGCUCUUUAACAUGGAGACGGAUCAGGACUGUGCGCUCUACUUCGUGUCGUGCCACACGGGGAACGUGCUGCAGUGCGACGAGAACGGCGUUGUCAAGUGCGCGAACGAGAAUCGUCAGGUGUGCGAGGGCUGGGGCAUCGUCGAGCCUCGUUCUUCUGCUGCUGUGAGCCAAGCGAAAUCUGUAGCCAAUUUGCGUGGGCCCCUUGGCGUUGCAGAACGCCAAAACUUCAUCUUGGAGCUGGCGAAGUGUGGCAAAUCGCCCGAUGAGAUCGAGCAGAUUGUGACGCGCAUGUUUGAUGUCUCGUUGUCUGCAUCAACAGCGCCGUCCGCAACCUCCUUUUCGAAGCCGGCCGUCGCCGUGCUUUCUGGGUGGGAUUGAGUCACCUCAGACGAGAUCGGUCCAAUGUGGUGGAGAACUACAAGAAUCCCAAUAGCCUAAAUUGCAGCUUACUUGGGGAAUUUCCUUGCUAAAUAAAACAGUGUCGAGCCUGUUUCUUGAAGCG